CUGAAAGUGCCUUGUUGAGAUUUGGUCUGGGAAUAGCACGGCCUUUCCACUAUGGGAUACACGAAUGACGGAUCCGAUGACUUCGAAAAGCUUCGUAAGGCUUUCAAGGAGGUUACGGCCAUCUUCGGAUCCUUUGACAAUCUACUCGAAGCAUUCGGUCUUGCCGAUAUGCCUCAGGCCCAACGAUACGGAAUCGCCUUCGGCUGCCUCGUUUUUCUAUUGACCGUCAUUGCUGUUCUUACACUUUUAACUUUGGGAGGAACUUUCAAGCGCCUGGAGGAACAAGCUCAGACGGGCGAUGCGACCUUGCUCUCUUCGCGUGACGCUCGUGCCCAGCGCGCUCUACUUUUGGAGCGUUUGUUGGAGGGCCGCGAGCGAAUGGUUCGCAACUACCCGGAUCCACCGACGACCGAAAAACUCACUUCGCUCACCAAAAUGCUAUCGAAUGUGGCUCCACAACGAUUAGACGGCCUCUCGGAACUUGCCAAUGAAUCUGUCACGGAGGAAAAGAAAAGAGAAAUUCGUCGCUAUUUUCCACCGCACUACGAGGAGAACUACGUUGACGCGUACCGAAAAUGCCAGGAGCGACCCGGCGGUGCUGUCCUCUCUGGACGUCCCGAAGCACGCUUCGAAGCUUACGCACGUGCAUUUGCUGGAUGCGGCCCUUACACAAGCGUCUCCUACCGUCGUUCUUACGGCCGAUUAUACGAAGCUACCAGCUGCAUGAACCUGGCAACCGAUGAUAAGUAUGUGAAGCUUUUCAAAUAUCGUCCAAAUGAUAUUAUAGGCCGUUACAUCCGAUUGGAGGCGCUAGAAGUCGACCGCCAUUUGGAAGGCCUUUACAACCUCACUUCUGGUGAUGCAGGUCUCGAAAACAAGUCUUUCGAUCCCGAGGAAAUAUGGGGUUUCUUGGAGGACGGUCCGUUUGAAGAUGCGAAGGCUAUGCGAAAUUCUUUUAUCUUCAUGCACCUCAUGAAUGAAGCAGCUUUUGCCAUUGUCAACAACAUCACUGACAAGUUGAUGGGAUGUAUUCUAUUGAGCAAAGAUGAUCCACAAAACUUGACAAUUCAGCUGGAACCUCCGCUCAUGCAGCCAACUCAAGAAGGAAGUCGCGAACUACUUGAAUCAUGCUUUUUACUCAUGGACCGUCUCUUUGCAUACGGAUACCGCCGCCUGCAGAUCUCCAUCGAUGCGCUAGAUAGUGAUAAGCGCAAACUGGCGAUGCGGUUAGGAUUCACCCUAGAAGGAGUUUUGUACAAGCACAUGGUUGUGAAAGAAUCAAGCCGAGACAGUAAUAUCUAUGGCUUACUCAACAGCGAUUGGAAACGGGGUGCUCGGGUAGCUAUUUUUAAGGAACUGUAUGGCGAUGCAGCUUUUCGCGUCGACUCAAUGAACGAGAAGAAAGAAGAAGAAUUUGAUGAGCAGACCCGUGUGUUGAAAGAGCAGAAGCGCACAGAGCAAGAAAAUGCACUCCUGAUCAGGAACAAGAAAGUCUAG